AAAAUGUCAAAAGAGCAAGACUUGAUCUUCUUUAUCAAUUUGUUUCUCCCCACGUGAGCUUGCGCCAUUGCUUUUGAACAGAUCUGAUAGCAAGAAUAAUCAAAUCUUUCUCGAACCUCUGUUGUGAGAAUGCCCAUCUGACCGUUGACCUGUUUGGUUUCCAUGGUUUUUGGCCUUUGAGAUCUCCCAAAACCCAUAAUUGUUGUCUUCAAUCAAUCACAGAGGAGGGAAAGGAAAACUACAAUUCUUGAUUCACUUCAAUCCAUCAGAAAGACUUCUUCAAAGCUAUGAGUGCUGAUCUGAAAUUACCCACUUCAAAUAGCUGUGAGAAUUUUGUGACAUCUGAGGAGGAACGGGAAAAGGUUUGUCCCCUGAUAAAUGAGGUUAGAAAGUUGGUUGGGCCUUUGCCGGACAAGUUGUCUCUUUAUUGUUCUGAUGCAUCAAUCUCAAGACAUUUAAGGGCACGUAGCUGGAAUGUCAAGAAGACAACUAAAAUGGUUAAAGAUACCUUGAAAUGGAGACUGGCAUACAAGCCAGAAGAGAUUCGAUGGGAAGAGGUUGCUCGUGAGGCUGAAACUGGGAAAAUUUACAGGUCAAACUAUGUAGAUAAGCACGGGAGAGCGGUUCUUGUCAUGAGACCUAGUUGCCAGAACUCAAAGUCAACAAAAGGACAAAUUAGGUACUUGGUGUAUUGCAUGGAGAACGCUAUUUUCAAUCUGCCACCAAACCAGGAACAGAUGGUCUGGCUGAUUGAUUUUAAUGGUUUCAACUUGUCUAAUAUCUCAGUUAAGGUGACACGUGAAACAGCCCAUGUUCUGCAAGACCAGUAUCCUGAGAGGCUGGGCAUCGCAAUACUGUACAACCCUCCCAAGUUCUUCGAACCAUUCUGGACGGUGGUAAAGCCUUUUUUAGAGCCCAAGACAGUAAACAAAGUCAAGUUUGUCUACUCUCGUGAUCCGAAUACCACAAAGAUAAUGGAGGACCUAUUUGACAUGAACCAGGUUGAGUCUGCAUUCGGUGGGAAAGAUAAUGCAGGAUUCGACAUUGACAAAUAUGCUGAAAGGAUGAAAGAAGAUGAUAAAAGGAGGAUUGCCUCUUCUUUGACGAGUGAGAACACCCCUGUGGCAGACCCUCAACCAGUCCUUGAAACUACAUCUGUCGACACUACAAAUUCAGAGUCAGAUUCUGACACCUCAGGUGAGAAAGCAAAUAAGUUAUCAUCUCAUGGAGUUAGUACAGAAGAUCUUGCCCCAGAUGGUGAUUUGCCUGUGACUAAUAGUUGUAGAAGUGAAACCGGGGAUACAAACUAAUGGAAGGAACUACUGGCUCAAGUCAAUUUGUGGUAACAAAGCGUGACAUGCAUCUGUAGUUGCUAACAUCGAAUCAAUCCAUCUCAUUAUGGUGGUAGCAUUUUAGACACCGGUUUUUCUAAUGGAAAAAAUGGUGAAGACUAUCUAGUUUAUGGUCGCUUCUCUAUGGUACCAGUUGUAGUUUAUGGUCGCUUUUCUAUGGUACCAGUUGUUGCUUCAUUGAAUUUACUUCACUAAUAGGCUCACGAUUUGACUUUGUUCAUCAUGGACUGGUACCAAGAUCGAGUAAAUUUUCUGGUGGAAAGAUACCUGAUGCAGGUGCCUGUUAUUGAUUUUAGUCUUUCUUCUUGUGUAAUUCCAUAAUACUCUUCAAAUUUUAACAAGACUUAUCUGAUUUUUGUUUU